AUGAGUGUUACUGGACGGUUACGAACGAUACGAUGUGAAUUAGGCUAUCUUCGUCGAGCAGAUGGUUCUUGUUCAUACUCGCAAGGGAAGACCUCCGUAUGGGCUAGUUGUUCGGGGCCUGGUGACAUCCAUGUUGCCCGGAGAGAGGACGACCAAAUGCAUUUGGAUAUUAGCUUUCGGCAGUUACAUGGAGACUGUCAAUACCAUCACCUGAAUAAUAUCAUUCAAGCUGCUUUGGAAACUGUUCUAGACUUGGAAAUGUUUCCGCGGACUGGAUUGACGGUAACAGCCCAUCUUCUACAAGCAGAUGGUAGCAUCGAUGCCACGGCCAUGACUGCAAUCGGAUUGGCGGUCUUGGACAACGGAAUUGUCAUCAAGUAA